AUGACCUGUGAGGAUGAGGUGAACGUCCACUGCCCCUUCUGCCGCCACCUCUUCACACCCAAACUGACUAUCCGCACAGUCGCCAUCUGCGACGAUUCCGGAAGUGGCGGAUCUCAGGAGCCGGCGGCGGCUGUCGACAAAACCGAUCCCUCUGUUGGGUACGUUCGAGUUUCACGAUUUUUCAUCUUUCCAUGUGAUUGCUUAUCGGUUGAUUGACACUCCUCAUCUGCGGCCUAUUCGUAAUCCAUUUUUGGCACUUCGAACACCAACAGAUGACUCUGAAAUUUGGCUCAUUUUGAGAGUAAACAGGGCAAAACGCGAUAUGUCAGUUGACAAACGAUGAACGGUUAACCACAGUCAGUGGCCUAUUUCAUUAAAUGUUAACCAAACUUCCGAAAUGCAUUUAGACUGGGAUAUUAUACUUAAGUGGGCUUGUGGUAUUGAUUGUCCUGCGGCAUAAUCUCAGGAUGUCGGCCUUUGGAUGCACCUUUUCUCAGUCGCUUGCAAAAACCCCACUCCGUAAAAAAUGAGUACUUAGGUACAAUGAAUUUUUUUCUAUGGACUUUCGAUACCUUCACUAAUUCAAAUAUAUUUUAUAGAAAACAUGGCCAAAGGUAUCCUCUGUUGUACUCAUUUUGUAGCAGAUCACGUCGUCUUUAAUUUGUUUAUUCUAAUAAAUGAUAACGUUCGGUUUUUAAAAAACUUUUUUUCAAUUUUCGAAUUGUUUUGUGUCAGGUCUGCCGUUGCAUUGGCGUUUAGGUUUGCAACUAUAAACUGUAUAAUUUACAUUUACGGGAAAUCAUAUGUUCCAAUUUGCACGUAAGGUGCCAUAUGAGGGGUCACAUAAUUUUACAAUGGUUAUGGAUUGUGUUGAGCGUUAAUAAGCGCACAGAGACGGUUUUAUUUGAGCGAACACUUCACGGUCUUGAAGAAUUUUGUAAAUGCACGCUUUUUUAAGACCGAGUGACACCUUUUCUUCGAGUAGAAAUUUUGGAGAUAUGGUUUGCUGCAAAAUGAACACAAGAAUGAGUAUUUUUGUGCAUGAUUUCUGUAAAACAUUUCAUAUUGACCCAACUGUAAAAAACUCCGAGGCUGCUCGGUGGGAUUCCAACCCACGCAGUAAGGGGAAGGCUUCAGUACGGCCAACGCUCUAACCACUUGAGCUACGAGGCUCCGCCGGACGACGCGUGUUUAAUUACAUUUGGGUCAAGUUACCCGCCCAACCUACUGCAACGUCUAGGAUCCACCAAAUCGGAUACAGUAAGUUGACUGCAUAAACAGGAUUUCCCUAGUAUUUUACCUAGAAUCCACCAGAUGACUACCAGACCCACGUCGACUUACUUUGUCAGAUUUGGUGGAUUCCAGACGUUGCAGUAGGUUGGGCGGGUAACUUGACCCAAGUGUGAUUAAACUCGCGUCGUUCGGCCGGGCCUCUUAGCUCAGGUGGUUAGAUGUACUUAAGCCUUCCCUUAAUGUCUUAGAUUCGAAUCUCACCGAAGCGCCGAGCUUUUCACAGUUGGGGCGAUAUGAAAUGCACAAAAAUACUCAUUCUUGUGUUCAUUUUGCAGCAAACUAUAUGUUCAAACUUUCUACUCGAAGAAAAGGUGUCACGGUCUUAAAAAAGCUUGCAGUUAAGAAAUUCCUUAAGACUAUGAAAUGUUCACUCAAAUAACACCACUGAGUUUUCCACCGUUUGGGUCAAUAUGAAUUAUUCAAAAUCGGCCAAAACAUCUAUUAGUAUUUGCAUUUAUACGUGCAUUGAAAAUCCAUUGAGAAAUAUCAUGCACCUAAGUAGUCAUCUUCUACCGGGUGCGGUUUUUGCAGGCGCCUGAGGAGAGGAGCACCCAAAAGCCGACAUUCGGGUAUGACUGAAAUAUUUUGAGAUUAUGUCGCACGGCAAUCAGUGUCACGACCCCACUUAAGCAAACCUGCCUAGCCGAAAACGCAUCUCGGAGUCUCGAUUACUAUUUCGCGAGAUUAGUCACUGACCGGAUUUACGACGUCUUCCUGCCAAGGAUGGAAUGGCCGAACUUGCCAUUUUCAACUUUUUAACCACCGUUAGAUGAAGAUAUCCCAAAGCCAACUGUUUCCGUACCCGAGGUUUAAAUCAGUCAGCUGAUCACCCAGCAAGGCGCCCACCCCUGCACCACAGACUCGCAUUGUCCGCUGGAAUCCGUCACAUGGGAGUGACGCAGGACGGAUUAUGGGUCGAUAGUCGCCCUGCGAACGCCUGCGUGGGCUGUAAACUCUGAGCUUCGCAACAAAACGGAACCACUCGCUCUUCUGUUUUAGGCAGGAUUGAUAGGGACACAUUGCUCCCGUGUGACUAAUAAUUUCUUCCCCAGUUCAAGACAUGCAGUAUUAUGGAAUGAUCGUUGCCGAUUUCCGUUUUUACCACGCGUGGGCGCAUUCUCAUCCCCUGUCAUAAGGUGAUCGCCCUCUGAAUCAGCAGAUUUGUGUUCUUCUAGUAUUAUCCGUCCACAAACUGGCCUCACAGAGUUUUUCAAUUUUACCUGCCUCUGAGUUAUCUCUCUCAGUCCCAUCCUCAUCACCACACUGCACGCCAGCCGUUGUUGCCCAAACAUCCGGCCAUGUCUGUGCUGUCGUUGCUUGAUAGUUUCAGCUUCUAUGCAGCCAUUCCAGAGUUCAGAAUACCUUUUCCUCCUCAUGUAGGUCUUCUCCCGCGUCUGUACGAUCGCGAAAGGCACCCUUCUCUCACGGCCUUGUUGAGUACACGGUAAGACUCCUCUGUUUGGCCUGUUCUCUUCCCUCUCGCUUUAGUGCACUCCUCACUGCCCACUCUGCCGUCUACUUUCUGGUCUUCAGGUGCCCUUCGUGAAUCCCUCGGUCCUGCGCAAGGAUCUGGAGCUCUUUCCCUCAAUGACCGACUUCAUGGGAACUGAAACCUGGUCUUCGCCCAAUCUUCUUGGUCGGCACGAUACCCUGCUUUGGAACCUGGUCUACCUCUUUCAUCGUCUCGGCCUGCCCACUCAUCUUCUAGAUCGUUACCCAGCCUGGCUAAUGGACUGCCAAGCGGAGUUUCGUCGAACUGCCGAUGGUCGCAGACACCUGGGCUCCCUCGUCAUAGCCAGGGCCUUGGCCGUAAGCCCCUGCUGAGUUUAACUUUAAUGCAGUGCCUACUUUUAUUUUGAGAGUAGACAGAGUAUUUUAUUCUAUGCUUUAGGAUGUGGUACUAUCACCAGACUUACCCGUGUGGAUGGUUGCCAAAUGGGACAUUUUUCCGAGGAAGGGCACCCCGGCGCAGCCUCUUUACAGGUUAUGGGUGAAACAGACCGGGCAGGGUGCGUUCCCCAGCAUUAUUUACAUUAUUUUUACUACUGUUUCAGCAGCAUUUAAACUAGGGGUGCUGUUUCAAGCGUAUUCGUCCUCGACACUUGACAACACUUUGUAGUCCUGCCGAGGUCUCGAAAUAACACAGGAGAAAUAACAAAAACAUCCCAAUGUAUUUAUCGCUUUGUAGGUGAGCCAAACCAGCUGCUGAACGAUGGUACUGACGGGCCUAGUGAGACGGAGUGUUGUUUUGGUGAAAUCGUUCGUCUGACCAGCGAUGCACUCACCUUCAAGAACCUUGAAGGCGCCAUUUCAGCCCUUUUGUCUGUUCGCGAUCGCAGAGCUGACGAGCGAAGGGAUUCCCUUAAUGACCUCCGCGGGUCGGCCGCGUCCUCCAAUGCGCAAAUAACCUCCUGGAGCCGUCACUCUUCGCUUUACCGAGAACUCUUCCUUCUCUUCAUCCGUAUUCAUGGCUGUGCAUGGACUACAAUGGGUACUUUUUAACGCAUGAAUCCAUCCCUCAUUGCAUUAAAAAUGAAGGCCUCGUAGUAAUUCACUCUACCCUAAGGAUUUCACUAGGUGUCAUACCGUCCUUUGCUGUUUCAGACGAGUUCGACUUCGCCUACAAGACCCUCUUCGCAGAAUACGCGGCAGCCCGCGACGACCGGUUCUCUGUGGCUGACGCGCCUCCCUCAAGUACAGCCGUGGCCUGUCGUCUCCUUUUCCGCAGCUUGGUUUUGGGCUAG